AUGAAGGAACAACAAAAGCGGAAACUGAAAGUCCUCGUCAUUACCAUGGGAGGGGAUCGACAGGAGAACAUCAAAGCUCUCUUUGAUCGUUUGCAACGAGAUUUUGAACCGCCGGUAUUCAGUCCGGGGGUAUCGGCGCGGGAUUUACGAAAACGGUAUGACUUUUUUGAGAUUGCCAACGAGGUGGGGAUCAUUCCUCCGCCGGAAUGGGAGGCCAUUCGGGAUGGUCAGGCGACCUAUUCGCUGCAAAAAAUUACCGAAACCUUUUGGGAUUGCUUGGAAGGAAUUCCAAUCACCAAAGGACGGUGGGGAAGUCAGCAUGAUCAGUCCUUGCACUAUUCGGUCGAGCUGUGGAGAAAGGCAAAAACAAUUAAUCGUGGUCGGUCUGUUCUGGCAUGUACAUUUGCUCAUUUGCGCGCCAUGAAGACCUUUGUCAAGGAUGGAUCAUCAUUUGAUCUGAUACUGGAAGACAAUGUUCGGGUUCCAAUAGAACAUUGUGCACAAAGAAUAUGGGAAACCAUUGCUGCUUCCAAGAUCGUGGAAGAGCAUGGCAUUGCUUGUCAUUUGCGGUUUCAUGGGUAUCUUGGUUCUGUCACAAACAUGAAGUACGUCUAUCAGACCCACUCCAGGAAACGAGCAUAUGCCUGUACGUCGGAUGGUGACAGUAGUGCCUCGGUUUUUCCAUUGCCAGGGCCAAACGAUUUAAAACAAGACAUUUUGGAUGGGGAUCUGCCGGAAUUUGAAUCAUCAGUAGAAGAACAAGACAAAGACGGCGACGAUAACGGGGAAGGGGAAGACCACCAAGAUGAUGAUAAUCAGUCAAAGACGACCAAUGAAAGAAAACCAGGGGGGAAUUUUCUAUGGGGAGCCUACAGUUAUUGGAUAUCAAAAGAAGCGUAUGAGAGUUUAUUACAACGAUUGCGGGUCGAUGUUGGAGCCCUUUUAUACAAAGGAAGAAGAGCGCGAUUCUACGCCGUAAAACCAAUCGACAAGAUACUUCCGAGGUACAUAGCUUUUACUUUUGGGGCACAAACAGUUCAGCACUCGACGCAUCCUUCAUUCUUUCGAGCUCCAAUGCUUACGAGCAAAAUACAUACAAAAUGGGAUGCUGAGUUUUGUAAGAGCUCGGACUUUCAGCUUCGGCAUAUUGGACUAGAUUGGUCUGAUUUGUGGCUCACAGAAUCUGAAGAGAGAGUCGUCGUGCACUACCGGAAAACUGGAGAGUGGCUUUCUCCAACAGCAUUGGAGCAACUUCAAGAAUCCUGA